AUGAGUCGUCAUGCUCGCCUCACCUGGCUGCCUUGGUGCAUCCUGGCAAUAGCGGUAACACUGGCCAACUACUCGCUCGUCUCCUUCGUCCAGCUGCCCAAGCAGCUUGGCAUCUCGCAGCAAUGUCGCAUGUCAAGGAUGCGACCAGCGUAUAUCGACCACACCGCCAAUCUCGAGCCCUUCUCACCUUCCGGCCUGUGGCGAAAGUAUCGCCUCUAUCUCUAUCGAGAGCGCGACUUCGAGCCGAUGGACCUUCCAACUGGCAGUCCCGCCCUCUUUGUUCCUGGCAACUCUGGCUCUUAUGGUCAGGUCCGCAGUGUAGCAUCGAGUGCGGCUCGUCAGUUCUACAAGGAGAAUGGCUCUGGCGCGCGCAGAGACGAGUGGAACGAUGCCCCUCCUGGCGUCGCCCACACCGACUGGUACACUGUCGACUUCAACGAGGACUUUUCAGCCUUCAGCGGGUCCACUUUGAUCGAGCAAGCCACCUUCAUUAACGAGGUCGUUGCGUAUCUCACCAAUCGCUAUGCCUCCCCUCCAAACCUCAGCUACGCUCCAGGCGAGCGCAACACGACUGUGCCCAUCUUAGCUCACAGUAUGGGCGGCAUCGCAGCACGUCUCGCCACGCACCUGCCGGAUCACGGUGUCGGAAAGAUCGAUACCAUCGUCACGCUGAGCACACCUCACGCAUACCCGCCUGUGCCCUUCGAUCGCAGUCUAGAAUACGUUUAUUCCCUCAUCAAUAAGCCAAUCGAAGCGCAGAACACACGAGCUGGAUCAGUAAGAGCGCCGCCAUUGCUCGUCUCCAUCGCUGGUGGACUGCUAGACACACAGCUUCCAUCCGAUCCAUCAUCGCUCUCACUGGCACGUAUCGGCGAGUCAAUACCCGCUUCCCGCAUCUCGACCUACACCGGCUCUCUUCCGUCGCUCUGGUCCUCCGUCGAUCACCUCGCUGUCAUGUGGUGCGAUCAGCUCCGCGAAAAGAUCGCGCGUGGCUUCUUGCUCGACAUGAUGGCGUUCGGUCGUGUCUCUGACGAGCGCAGCGCAGGAGGUGUCAGCGGAAGAUUGAGCGUCCUGCGCAGGCGCCGUGAGCUCUGGAGACGCGCUCUCAGUCUCUUCGACGAUGCAGAUGCCGGCAAUGGCGAAAUCGGACCGCUAGAGCUCGUGGUCUCGCCAGAGUCGCUACUCGAAGAGGACAGCGGCGCCUUCGUGAUGGACCACGAAAGCCCUUCCACACAGCCGUCACAGACAGGUCCCGACUCGGCUCUGUCCAUCAACAAUCGAACCACAAUCUAUCGCGUGCCGGCCAAGCUGGGCGAGCAAGAUGAGGAGGUGCACAGCUUUGAGCUCCUCACUAACCUCUGCGUCGGCUGGAACCCGUCUUCAGGCAUGGGCGCACCCAUCCCUCAGCCAAUGGAGCUCGUGGUGCAGCUGUGCAGCAACAAACAAGACCCGGGUGACCCCGUCGGUGGCCUCAAGACCUCCUGUCAAUCCAUCAUGCCGUGGCAGUGGGAGCUCAUCCCGCCAAGCUUGCUGCCCCGUACCGACAUCCUCUCUCAGGAGACCGCUGGGCAAGUCGAUCUGAGCCUGGCAGAAAACGCACCUGUUCCGAGCGCCGAACAGCUCUACCAUGUUCCUGGCUAUGCUUUCCAGCGUCUACAUCUCGAUGCCAACUUCCUCAAGAGGCAGCGAGUCGACUGGAUUCGUGUUGAGCGCAAGACGGACCAGGGCGUCUUUGUCCAUCAACGCGGGCUCAACACCUUUGUACGAGCAGGUUGGGUCCGUCAAGCCUCCGGUCGCGUGAGAAAGUACAGCAGCUCGUUGUUACUCACCACAGCGCAGGACACUGCUGAGCAACAGCAUCAUCGGGAUGCUGGCAUCGCCACGCAAGGCGCGAUCCCAAUCGCCACCGAAUGGAUACUCAAAGACUUCAGCUCGUCGCUGCUCGCCAGACGUAUCGAAGUCGUUCCGAGCAAAUGUCUGGUCGAGAACCUGGCGAGGUACACCCUGCACACCGGCUCCGAAAGUCUUCACAGCACCGAGCCCUCCUUUGCGCCCUUCUUGCAUGUCUCGGAUCGUGCCACGGGCGACACUCGCUGGUAUCCGCAGCUUGUCUCGCCAGACGCGGUGCGAAGGAUCCGCAAGCACACCUUCAAAUACGGGUACAUCACCUUUCCGCUUUCGCUCCACGGCAACGCUCCUUUCAUGCCCCCCGCCCGCGACAGUAUCACCGAGGUCAAGGUUCAGUUGUGGUCUGAUCCGGCGCUGCUUCGAGAUGUACCCGGUCAAUCAGUGGCCUGCAAGACGCCUUUCGACCCGAUCCUCAUCACCAUAGACUGGAAGACCUCGGCAGGUCUCGUCUUGCUCCGCUAUCGCUUCUUCCUGGCAGCGUGGCCCCUGGGUAUCCUCUGCAUCUGCGUCGGACUCUCGUGGCUCAGCUGGUCGCUGAGUCCAGAACAUGCCUUCGCGUCGCCUCUGAUAUCGAUCACACAGCCCGUCUUCCGCACUCCCGUCCUCCACAAAAGCGAUCCACUGCUCGGCUUGCUGGGCAGCUUGACAGCCGCUCUGCUUGUCAUGGACGCUGCUCGUCUCCUUCUGUACAAGUCGAUCAUCGAUGCAGGAACUCACGGGCCGGGUUCAUCUCUGCUUGGCAUGAUUCUGGGACUGGGCCAUCUCUCCUCUUCUGCAGCUCUUGUGCCUUGCUUUCUGCUCGUCUCGUACGCGACACUGUUCGUCAUCGUGGCGUCCAUCCAGUGGUCGUUCUCGCUCAUCGCGGCAGUCGUGACGAAGGCCAGUUUUGCCCGCAAGCUGGACUGGGUUGGAGCAGCAACCGCGAGCUCGGAUCCUCUGCGAUGGAAUCGACAAUCGAUGAUCGGGCUGACGGUCCUGCUCAUGUCAGUCGUGCUCUUCGUGCCUCACCAGUUUGUCUUCCUUUGCAUCUUCUUGCUGCAGCUUCUCAACACGCUACGUGCUCUGCUGGAGCUCCGAUCAACACGGGCGGCACCGCAUCUGGACGAAACGCGCUACCAUCAGCACCUCAGCAUCUUCCUGAUUCUCGUACUCUUGCUUCCACAGAAGGCAAGCUUCUUGGUGACAUGGGUGCGCAAUUUGGCGUCCGUGGGCCUCAAAACGCCCAAGACGAUGGCCUCUUGGAUGGACCACAAUGUCUUUGAUGUGGCCCCCAUCGUCAUUCUUGUCUGGCUCAUGGCUGGAGGACGCACGCUCGAACCACCGCGCACCGCUCUUGAAGCCAAGGCACUCGCUGCCGGCUUUGGCAUCGUUGGCUGGUAUGCACUGGUAUGGGGCAUCAGAUACACCUAUCGCACCUACGACGCAUUCAAUGCUCUUUGUGUGUUGCUCGCUUUCUGCCAUUGGCGCUCGCGGCGAGGGGGAAGUGACGGCGCGCUCCGACGCAGUCAGGCUCAAGGCCAUGGCGUCAAGAAUUCGGACGAGACGCUCGAAAUGCUUGGCCACCAUCGGCGCAGUGAUGACCUCAACGAGCAGCACGGCAUGGCUGAGGAAGACAGUCGUGAGCUGCGAUCUGGUUCUAGCUCUGAACGAUUGCCGAUCCAUCAUCUUGCGCUGCCGGCUUCACUAGCUAUACAGUCGGACACGAUCUCAUCCAGUGCUGUUAGCAAACCGGAUUCGACCGCCUCUAAAGACGUGCAACACCACGGUGACGAACAGGCUGCUGCAUCUGUGGGCGACGACCUGGACCGGCUCAUCGCAGAGUACCUCGAGGUGCUUGAUCAAUACCAGCAAGUGCGAAACACGACGUCGGACCACUUCAGCCGCGGCUUCCACAAGCUCAGCCGCGCCAAGAUGGAGUACGGCGCAUCUCGCCUCAGCAGUACCUCGUACGACUCGCGCAUCCUUCCGGAAGUUCGGGCGACUGUCGUUGGCGAGCCGGCAUCCAAAUCGACCGAUGUCGGAGCGUUGAACGAUACGCCGAGGUCCACGCGGAUGCUCGUCGCAAGAGUUCAGCCGGACUACUCCCACCUUGACGGCGACAAAGGCAUCCUCAUCGGUGACACGGGCGAGAAGGACGGAGAAAGGGAGGAUAUCGCGGCGAAUGGGUUGCGAAGAAGAGCCGGUGGGUCGAGCAACGCAGAUGCUGCGAAGGAAAGUGAAGCGGAAUCAAGCCUGCCGAACUCGCUUAGGAAUUCGUCUUCGUCACCUGCGGGCUCCCACACGAAUCCGACGGUAAGCGAGACUCGACCGGCGAAUUCGAAGAACGACAAAAAGGACAAUGAUCGAGGAAAGCCACACAAAGCAGCCGCAAAACCCGACGCAUUGUCGCAAUUCGGUGGGUUGCCAACGACUUCAUUGAGAGGUGCACAGACGGACCUCAGAGCCGCUCUCGAUCAAUCGCUCGGCGUCAGAAAUGGGUCGCCCGGCCUAGUACAGUUGACCUUGCGACUCGAAGCGCUGGGCGAAGCGAUAUCUAACUUGAAGGGUCGAGCGGCAUACGACUUAUAG